CAUUCCAGGCUUCCAGCUCUACUAAGCUGUCUUCAUGGCAGCCGAGCUUCGGGUCUCAUGGUGCUGUAAAUGGUGGACGAGUCACCACAGCAACAGGCGCAAGUGCAUAUCUGCAUACAUCACGUCAGCUAGGUGGUGCAGCGAGGGCGCCUUUCGCUCACCGCAGCAGAUCCGGUGCUAUUUGUCAAGAAAGCGCUUACACUUGCCUAUUGUCGCCACAUAAGCAUCCCGUUGCAGGCUUGAGUGUAGCCAUCUAUUGAAGAGAGCGGCAUUUGCGCAUGGGAAAUCAAUUCUCGCGUGGACGCAGAUACUGCUCUGGCGUUGAUAUCUCAGAUCAUUCAACAUGCUCCCUUCGUGGUGGUAGUCCUGUUAGUACCGUCGACCACCAGUUCGUCCUGUACGCUCAGCAUGGAGUCUUCUGGGGGCCGACCGCUUCUACAACAAACAGUCGUGCUGGUCGUAAUACUCUUCGUACUCUGUUUGGCCCUACAAUGCCUGUACGACAUCUUUCUUCACCCUCUGCGCAAGUUUCCAGGACCCCGGCUGGCUGCUGUCGGAAGAUGGUACGAGUUCUACUUCGACGUCGUCAGGGACGGAUCGUAUCUCUGGGAGAUCGAGCGGAUGCACGGCAUGUAUGGACCGGUUGUGCGAAUCAACUCACGGUGUCUUCAUAUCCAUGACCCGCAAUACUACGCGACAGUCUAUGCUGGUAGCAACAGGAAGACCAACAAGGAAUGGGCUUCUGUUGCUGGCUACACUUUCCCGCACUCUACGCUGCAAACAAUCGACCACGACUUGCACCGCAAGCGGCGAGCUGUUAUUAACCCGUAUUUCGGCAAACGGGCGGUGACUGCACUCGAGCCGACCAUCAACGAGAGGGUCGAGGUUCUGUGCUCGCGCCUUGUGGAGUUGAAGGGCAAGCCUGAUGGUAUUAACCUGACAGCUGCAUUUGCUGCUUUGGCUGGAGAUGUGAUCAACUUCCAUUUUUACGGCUCCCAUCUUGACACCGUCAGCGCGGAAGACUUCCACUUCCCUUACCGAGAAGCAAUUGAUGAGCUGCUCAACAUCUAUAACAUUACUCGCUUCUUGCCGUUCGAUCCCGCCUUGUUGAAGAGACUCCCCAACUCGGUAUUGGAUUGGAUUGUGCCAAGCUUCGCUCCGGUGCUGACAGCCCGGAAUGAGCAGAGGAUGAGGGUACAGACGGCGAUAGAACAAAUGGAGAGAGCCGGGAAGGCGUCUAGAGGUGUCAUUGUAAGCGCAUUACUCGACGAUAAGGUCCCGGCCGCAGAGAAGGAUGUGGAGAGGCUGCUCGAUGAAGGCGAGACGAUUAUCGGCGCGGGUAUCGAUACUACGGCAAGGGCACUGAGUGUGGCAACAUUCCACCUUCUGAACGACAAGUCGCAUCUUCGUAGGCUUCGAGCGGCCCUGAAGGAUCAGCGUAACGAUAGAGACAAGGCAUGGUCAGCCGCCGAGCUUGAAGCUAUACCAUUCAUGAGGGCCGUUGUACAGGAGGCACUGCGCCUGACCUAUAGUAUCGUCAGCCGAAUACCUCGAAUCGCUACCGAAGAGGCUCUCGCGUACAACGAGUACAAUAUCCCACCUGGUACACCAGUCAGCCAGUCAACAUACCUAAUCAACAAUGAUCCGACUAUCUUCCCGAAUCCGCACAUGUUCGAUCCCGAUCGUUGGCUUCGAGCUGAGCAGGAGGGCGUUCAUCUUGACAAAUAUAUGGUCAGCUUCAGCAAGGGCACACGCGCUUGCCUAGGUAUGAAUUUGGCGUAUGCGGCGCUGUACAUUACCAUCGCGAAGUUUGCGAGCAGUCUGGACAUGGACUUGGUUGGAACAACAGCAGAGAACAUCCAAGUCGGCCGCACGCGCCUGCUGGGCUUCCCAAAGGCAGGGAAGUUUGCCGUACAUGUCGGUCGUAUUCAGGUGGCAGUGUAGUGGGCUGUUGCAAUGUAGACCGACAGACAGUCGAUCGAACGAUGUUCAUCCUCAUGCCAGAACGCGAGUUACUAUGGCCGUGUCCAUAGCCUCAAACUAUUAAGAGCCACUUGGCUGUUGUUUAGUAGCCAUUUCUGUGUAGUGUCCGUAUCCGGGAAGCGUACUGCCAAGAUGGUGUACGCUUUGAGCAGUUCGCCUUGACAC